AGCUGCCUAGCCUGGUCGAUGAGAUCGAGUCGAAGCGCGACGCGUGCCAUGACAAAUUGGUCAAACUUGGUCGGCCGCGUCUUACCCCCUAUGACCAGCAGCUCUUUUUGCUUGGGAUUUCAGAAUCAUUUCAGAGGCUGGUCAAGAGCGCAACCGAUGGUGAUUGGAACGAUCUGUUUUUUAAGGAAACCGAAUCUGACAAUGGCUAUCACCGGCGCUUGCGCGCUGUCAUCCAGAACAGCAAUGACAACUUCGCGAAGACGCUCACGAGAAACGGUCAGCUGCGACACAUCGGCGAUUCGAGCAUAGCCCCUCCGCAAAACGCAAUCCAUACCACACGAGACGAGUUUCUUGAGCACGUAGAGGCGAAGAUGCGUAUGUCGAGGGGCAGAGAGCUGCCUGGGCUGUUUGACCCGAUGAUCAUUGCCAACCUCUUCCGGGACCAGGCCAGUCCAUGGGAAAGACUGGUCCGUGAUCAUGUCGAUUCCACGUGGAAGGCGUGCAAAGUCUUCCUUCAGCAUCUUAUUGUGCAUAUUACCGACCCCGGAACUUCAACGGCACUUCUCCAGAAGAUCAUUGGUCCUGCCAUGGAGAAUAUUUCAAUGGCUCUCAAGGCCAAAACGGACGAUGUAUUGAAGACUCACCAAGCAAUUCACCCCAUAACCUAUAAUCACCAUUACACGGAAACGGUCCAGAAGAUCCGAGCCGAUAGGAAGCGAAAUGAAUGCGCUUCGGCUGUGAAGCGCUUUUUCAAUGUUUCUACCCUGGGGCCAUGCGACCUGUUUAUUACAAAUGUAGACCUCUCAAGCCUGGUGGAUACCAUAAUUGGAGACACCACGGAGCCAGACAUGAACCGAUUCGCUGCCUCAGACGUGUCAGACCACAUGGAGGCCUAUUACAAGGUUGCCAUGAAGCGUUUCAUCGAUAAUGUCGCUGUAGAAGUCAUAGAAGUAGGCCUUGUAUCUGCCCUUAUAGACAUACUGUCUCCGGUCAAGGUGCAUAUGAUGAAGGCUGAACUUGUGGCUCACAUUGCUGGCGAAUCUGAGGAGAAUCAAACCUACAGGGAGCAGCUUAAUAGACAGCUCGAGGUACUCGGCAAAGGAGCCGAAAUUUGCAAGCAAUUCGCGUUCGUCAAAAUUAGAGCGGACAGUGUGCCAGUCACGGACGAAGUAUCGAAUAAUCAUCGGAACAGAAUGAUUCACAACAAAGGCAUCGGUCCACACUUUGAAAAUCCUGCUUCACAAAUAUCAGAGACCGUUGCCUACGAGGAGAACACUGGUGAAGAAUCGUUUCCUCUGGAUGAAACAGUACCCGAGAGCAGUGUCUGUGAUUCAGAGCCCAAGACAGCUGAGAUGAGUGAUCCAUGGGUCAGUUUCUCCGUUUUAAAGGAGAAGAAGAAGAAGAAAAAAGGAAAGAAGCACAAGGCCGACGAGGAGCUGGUGUAA